GCGCACUGGCCGCUCAGCGGGGGCCACGACCAGGAUGGCGUGUGCUCCAGGAGCCCUCAGUCACCGCGCACUCUGGGCCGUGGCCUGGGGACUCCUGCUGCUGGUCCCCGUGCUCGCAGGGGCGCAGCGUGGCAGGAAGAAAGUCGUGCACGUGCUGGAGGGCGAGUCCGGUUCCGUGGUGGUGCAGACGGCGCCGGGGCAGGUGGUGAGCCACCGCGGUGGUACCAUUGUCUUACCCUGCCGUUACCACUACGAGGCGGCCGCCCACGGUCACGACGGCGUCCGCCUCAAGUGGACGAAGGUGGUAGACCCUUUGGCUUUCGCCGAUGUCUUCGUGGCUCUGGGUCCCCAGCAUCGAGCCUUUGGUCCCUACCGAGGGCGGGCCGAACUGCAGAAUGACGGACCUGGGGAUGCCUCCCUGGUCCUCCGAAAUGUCACCCUUCAGGACUACGGGCGCUACGAGUGCGAGGUCACCAAUGAGCUGGAGGAUGACGUCGGCAUGGUCAAGCUGGAUCUGGAAGGGGUGGUCUUCCCCUAUCACCCGCGCGGAGGUCGCUACAAGAUGACUUUCGUAGAAGCGCAGCGUGCUUGUGCCGAACAGGAUGGCAUUUUGGCGUCCGCAGAGCAGCUGCAUGCGGCCUGGCGCGACGGCCUGGACUGGUGUAAUGCGGGAUGGCUACGCGAUGGCUCGGUGCAGUACCCAGUGAGCCACGCCCGGGAGCCUUGUGGCGGGACUGGGAGCACUGGGGCUGGUGGCGGCACCAACGGGGGCGUGCGCAACUAUGGAUAUCGUCAUAACGCCGAGGAACGCUACGAUGCCUUCUGCUUCACAUCCAACCUCCCAGGCCGCGUGUUUUUCCUGAAGCCGCUGCGACCUGUGGCCUUGGCCGGGGCGGUGCGCGCGUGCGCGGCGCGGGGUGCCACAGUGGCCAAGGUCGGGCAGCUGUUCGCUGCGUGGAAGCUGCAGCUGUUGGACCGCUGCACUGCAGGAUGGCUGGCGGAUGGCAGCGCGCGCUAUCCCAUCGUGAAUCCGCGAACUCGCUGCGGAGGUCCUCGGCCCGGCGUGCGCAGCCUCGGUUUCCCUGACGCCUCCCGACGUCUCUUCGGUGUCUACUGCUACCGCGCUCCAGGUGCCCCAGAUCCGGCUCCAGGCGGCUGGGGCUGGGGCUGGGCCGGCGGAGGAGGUUGGGCUGGAGGGUCGAGGGAUCCGGCUGCCUGGACCCCGCUGCGUGUCUAGAUCUGGGAGGAUGCGUGUUUGGGGGUGUUUGUGGCUGAUCCAGUGGCCUCAUGCACCCCUGGAUACCGACCACGUCUCAGAGUCUCAGAGAUUCCUUGGACAUAUGACACACACCCCUGCGGUGCACUGCAGACUGAUCUAACUAUCUGUGGUCUUUGGACAUUGACCACACCUAAGGUCUCCUGGAUAAGCGACCUACCCCUGCGGUGAGCUGCAGGCUGACCCACUUGUGGUCCUUGGUCGCUGACUGUUGCCCUCUGAGGAUCCCCUUUGGACAGUGGAUGUCUCAUCUUUCUGACUUUGCCUCUCCCUAACCCCCGGAACCCCAGUAGAUCAGCAAGACUAUGGUUCCCUAAAGAUGAGCCACCCUUCUAUGGCCUUCUGAAAAACAGGUGGACACCCCCCCUCAGUCACCUGGAGGCUGGACCCCCAGGAUUAACUGGAGACCUGCCCCUAAUCCUUCUGCAUUUCCUGGGAGCUGGAAAACUGGUCUUGGACAGUCAGCUGUACACUGCUCCCGUCACCUGGUGAAGAAACAGAAAAACGGCAGAUCACAAGGAGAUCGUGCCCUGUACAGGACAGACCCAACACCUCUGGCGUCGCGAGAGUGUCCUCAGCUGGCUCCAGGAAUUAUCAAGCGGCCAUGCCUAUCCCUCAGGUUUUUCCUCUGGCCAGAGAGUAGACUCACUUGAAUGUCCCGUCCCCGGGCUCCUUGGGGAAUGUCACCAGAGAGGUUAUUCCCUCAGGCCAGAAACCCCUAAAUAUCUGACUUGCAGAGACAAGCUGCUCGGCUUCUUAAGGUCACACAGGCCACCAGUGCAGCCUUACCAGGCUCACCGGCUAUACCCACGGAAAUGGCACAUUCUGCCUUCCUCUGUAACCAUGGUUGCUACACUUUUCCUUUCUUACUGGCCUAAAGCCUAGACACCUAUGACUUCAUUCUUGUCUGUCCUUGCCCUGGGGACCACUGUGGAGAUGGUCUUCCCCACUGAGUAUCCUCAGGGUAACCCAACAUUCAGUUCUCCAGGCCUCUCCACAGAAACAGCUGUCCCUUUCCCAAAAUGCAGCUUCUGUUUCUCUCUGUUGCCCAAGCCCCGCCCCUAGACAGUUUGAACUGGCGGACUGUUGCCAUGGAGACCAAACCACUGGUGUCCAAGGUAACGGAAUACCUGUCCCUUCAAGGCUUUCCCCUCCAGGGUCCCAUCCUGUCCAACUGUUGCCAUAGAGAACAUCAGUGUCUCCAUGACAACUGACCUGCAGCACUCAGGAACUUCUUGCUAUGGGCAGAGUCCCUCUGACUGGCGCUGCCUGCUUUGUUCCUCAGGCGCCUGACAAAUCCUUCUUCAGAUGGGCCUAAGCAGGACUCUGCUUCAGGACUCAUGCCAUCCAUUUGCAUGCUAACUUUACUCCACCCAGCAGCUGAGCACGAACCGCCACUGCAACCCCCGCCAGCAUUUUAAAUGUUCUCCCUGCAGACAAGGAAACUGAGGCUGUGGUACUGCAAAGGCCAACCUUUCCUUCAUGGAGAUCGAGGAGGGCAGACUCUCCCUGAAACCACCACUUCUGAGGACCCAUGUGUGUUCAAGGGUCAAGACCAACCCAAAUGCAGGAGCCUCCAGGUGUCAGAUGCUGCUGGGACCAGCAAGUACCCUUGCCCACACACCUUCCUGCCUGCCCCAUCUGCCUCGGCUCACUCCACCCCUGUCUGGAAGCUAAGGGGCUGUGGGCUCCAGUCACACCUUUUGUUCUAACGUGUGCAACCAAAAACUUAUCCAGGCUCUUCUCUGGGCUAGGAUUGUUCUGAGGUCCCCAGCAGCAGCCUGCAGCCCAGGUUCAAUAAACUUUGUUCUUUCUGGUGAGUGUGAAACAAGGCUGCAGGUCCCUGUCAGUGCAGUGGGCUUCUCGGUUCAAAAGCAGCUCUUCUCCCUUUCACUGCUCCAGGGCCCUGUGGGAUCCUGUCUGACCUCCCCAUGGGCCCUGGGGCAUGUGUGCACACACAUGAGUCAUAGUAACAUGGCAUCUAAAAAACCUUAAGUAGGAUCUGGCUGUAGAAAUGAGGUAGCCAUCUGUAUUUUUAUUUGUUUGCCUAUUUAUUUCAUUUUUUUGAGACAGGGUUUCACUGUUUAGCCUUGACU